AUGGCAGCUUAUCGCUUGAGCGAGGCACGGCGAGGGCGGCGACUGGACGACGAGUCACUGGCAUCUCCGCGUGGAGGGAAUCCCUCGCGGAGCAGUUCUCGCAGGUUAGAAGCAUCUGUCGUCAACGACCGGUUCUCCACACAGAAUUUGGUCCGCGACGUAAAGGCCGUGGCCGAUGCUCAGGGUCGGCUUGUACGCGUGAUAGAAGAUGUUUCCCAAGAGCUAUCGCAGCGCUUAGCCGAGCACGAUCGCCAGCUUGCAGAUCAUUCCGUGAACCAAAACUCCUUACGCGAUGCUCUCCACAAAUUUCAGCUGGAAGAAGUCGCUCGUCAUGAUUCGCUUGCUGCGGAAUACCUGCGGCUCCGAACCGGCGAUGGGGACGCUGCUGCCAGGCUCACGUUUUUGGAGUCCAAAGUGGUCGGCAUUGACAAGGUUUACGUAAGUCUCAACAACAAGUUUGCCGAGCUAGAACAGGCUGCAAAUGGUCUGCCAGCAAGAAUUCAGGAUGUGCAAGUUAUGAAUCAAAAACAUUUGCAAGACAUGUACCAGAAAGUCCUUCGCAACAUGGAAGAACAAAGAGCGGAAUUCUUCCAAUUCCAGGGACAGGUCUCAUCACGCUCCCAUUCCGAUGGGCUCCUCAGUUUGCAGAAGCAGUUCGAACAGCACCGGCAAGAGUUUGAUUCAAGACUCCAGGCAGUAGGCGCAAAUGCUCUGCUUCCUCAGAUGCAGCAGCAUUUUGAGACAACCUUGCUGCAACAGCUGUCAACACACCGACAAGAGCUCGAUUCCAGACUCCAAGCAGUAGGACCCGAUGCUUUGCUUCCACAGUUGGAGCAGCAUCUGGAGAAGACUUUGCUGCAACAGCUGUCAACUCAGCUGUCCUCCCAAUUGCAUCAGAUACUUCAGCAGCAAUUGGAACUGCAUGUGCAGCCGCAGCUUCAGCAGCAGCUGGAGCAGCAGGUGCAGCAGCACUUGAAAGCCCAUUACUCCGCGGGAUUUCAAGAGCUGCGAGACAUGUGUGAAACAGAAGUGAGGAGGGGCAAGGAGCUCGCCAGCCAGCUGAGGCAGCGCUUGCGAGAACAAGACGGCAUUAUCGCCGAGGGUCAAGAAGCCUUGCGCCAGGAGGCUGCGAAGCGAGAACAGCAUUUGGCAGAGUUGCAGGAUGCAGCACAGCGGUUGGCGCAGACUGCAAUGGAACGCGCGCAGGCUUCCACUGAGGCGCAUGCCCACGUCUUUUCCACAUCCUCUUCCUUGGCGAAUCGCCUGGCUGUGGUGGAAGGGGAACUUCAAAGUGCUCAACGCCAGGAGAAGGAACGUCAGCAAAAGAGGAUUGCUCGACUUGAAGAAGACCUGGCGAAGUCGCCAAUGCUGUCGCCGAGGGACAAAGCUGGCCCGAACGCUUUUGAUCAGCCCAACCUUCUUCGCGCUUUAGAUGAGCUUCGAGUUCAGAUCUUCGCGGAGCUCAGCGAUGCUCGAAAGCACGCUCAGCAUCUCAGCACGAGAAUUUCGAGAUGCGAAGCCGGCGUGGCAGAGUUGCAGCAGGUGCCCAGAUCUUCGAACACGUUGCCUGCCUUCCUUGCGCAGGCGUCUCCCAAGCAUGGUGCUUCGAACAGCGACAGCUGCCCUACCACACCUGACUGGCCAGUGGCUGCCUGGCCGGGGCAGGGACAGGCUGGAGAGGCAGCAAGUCGCUCAUCGAAGCUUUGCGGCUUGCCUGCACCGGAUGCCGGUCAGACGAACGGCCGGGGACCGGCCUCUCAGGAGACUCUGCGGCGUCCUUCGGACUCACCGACUCCCAGCUCUCCGAAGGCAACUUCUACUGUCCACUCAAAAGGUAGUGCCGGCCAUGGCUCAGCCUUGCUUGGCAACUUGCCAGAGGGUCCAAAGCUGUCCCAUGGAGCGCUGCAGGACUCACCCGGAAAAUCUCCUCAAGGAUCCACGCGAUUUGGUGUUCUGCCACCCCCGAAGGUCACGCCGUCGACACCGCUGCCUUUGCAGGCCGAUUAG